AAUCACGUCCCCUGGCUGCUCUCAGUUUGAGUUUGAACCACGCGACGCGCACAACGGAAAAUCCUGGCAUAAAAACCCAAUCGAUCGAAAAGCGGAAAACUUCGCCAUACGGAGGAAAUGCCUAGUAAAACAAAUAAAACAUAAUAGUCGUAAUAAAAAACUAAACAAAAAGUAAAGUGCUAACGUUGCUGUGACCAAUGGAGCGUCGCAAGGCUCUCAGUUCGUAUGCCAAGUUUAAGGAUCAUCAGGAGGCGGCGGCUGCAGUUACCCCGCAGAAGGACAAUGAGAGCGAGGACUCGCUGCCCGCCUUGCGCCGCUCUCAUUCGGUCCGUUCCUCCCUACGGCGGCUAAAAAACAAGCUGCACAGUCCCGCCCUGCCGAUGCAGUCGCCCUUUAAGCUGCGCACCCAGCUGCACAUGCGCAGUCGCAGCUCGCGAGGAUCGGCCACCUUGAACAAAAGCAAAGCGGCCAAGGCACUACGCAUGCUGGGCGAUCUGGAUGCAGUGGCUGUUCUGACCACCAAAGUGAAGGGCAAGAACGAAUUUGUGCCGCUGAAAAGAGCGAUGAACUCCGAGUCCUGUGACCAGGAUGAACUGGGUAUCGAAAGGCUCAUGUCCACUUUGCCAGUGGGCGCAAGGCUGCCCCGGAAAGCCUGCAAACUGCUCCAGAUCCCCGAGAACUACUGCCGGCAAACAGAACUCGCGCCGAAAGCCACUCUCGACUCGGAUCUGGAGAAUACCUUGAGUGGCGAGGAAUCCAGUAGCGUGCUGGCGGACAUCACUCGACAUGCCCAGCAGGGCAUCUAUGGAACGACGCGCAUGCGCACGGCCACGAUUCGGAAGCCGAUGCCCUACCUGAACAGCCACAACAUAUUGCCGCAAGAUAAACGUGACGGUGACAUCGAUAGUGUCAGGCUGCGGGAGAAGGUGGUUAAUCCCAGUGGCGGCAAUAACAACAACCAGGACAACUAUCCCACCUAUUAUCCGGCCCCAUUGCUGUCCACUAGUCGCUGGUCGGAACAGUUGACGCAACAUGCGGCAGUAGCCAAGAUACGGACAGCCAUCUCCUGCCACUCCCAGGAUCUCAAGGAAAUGGAAUUCCUUCUGCCCCAUUCGCGAACCGAGCCCCAAUCGAAUUCCCAAUCGCAACUGUGCAUUUCGCGGCACUCGCAGCCAAAAAAUGCCAAGCUACGGGAUGAUCACGAUGAGACGGGCUCAUCGGAAUUGGAUUCACCACCCCUGGGCGAUGAGAAUGCCUCGGCCAAUGGCCAACUUUCGGUGCACAGGCAGCCGAUACAGCUGCGCAAUAAAAACCCGGGAGACACACCUCAUCCGCGGACCAACAAAAUGUCCAAAAAACAGCUGAAGCUGGCCCAAGCCCAGCUGGACAAACUGACGCAGAACAAUCUGCAUCUGCAUGCUCUGUUCUCGGCAGUGGAGCAUGGUCACCUGGAGAAGGCGCGCACUAUUCUAGAGUCCACCGACGUAGAUGUGAACAGCAUCAACAACGAUGGCCUAUCUGCUCUGGACUUGGCGGUGUUAAGCAAUAAUCGCUCCAUGACCAGGAUGCUGCUUCAGCAUGGCGCUGUGGAGGGCUCUCAGUUUUCUGUGGACACCAUUGGCACCAAACUGAACGGCUUGCUCAAGGACGCCGAGUCGCGAAUUCAUGAUCUAAGUGGACCGGAGGGCCUCUGUCCACCGGUGUUUGCAUCGCGUCCCUCCAUCUCGAGCAUCAUAAUUGGCAAUUCAAGCGCAUCGGUAACUGGCUGCACGGGUAGCGAGGUGGAGAAACAGAUAGGCAUCUGGGAGCGCCGUGUAAAGGGACUGCGGCGCUUGCAGCUCGGUUGGGAUCAGGCCAGGCCCCCAGAUGCACCCGCCUCCGUGGUCGUCGACGUCACGGGCGACAAUUCCAUCAGCGUCCAAAUCCUAGAGCCCUUCGAGGGGGCCAUCGGCACGAAAUUCAAAGUACAAUGGUCGACUCGCGCGGAUUUCAACAACGUUGUGGGCGAGAGUGAGCUGCUGGAGUGGAUCAGCUUCCAUGGCACGAUGGGUGCCCAGUGUCACAUAUCGGGCCUCACCCAGGGUCGUCGCUACUUCCUGCGAUCUGCGUGCGGCAAUGUGAAGGGAUGGGGAGCCUAUCGAACCUCUGUGCCGGCUAGUGUGGUGCCCUCAACUUGGCGGGAUUUAGACAAUCGAGAGGACCGAUUCGUGGGUCGUCACCGGAUCCUGGACAAUCUAUUUACCGCCGUGCGGUUGGCAAGACCCGCCGACGUAUCCGAGCUGACUUUAGAUCCCGCGAGCGCCCAACGACGCAAUCCCAAAAAGAAGACUACCAUUAAGCAGUUGUUCUCGGUAACCACCAAGUUCCAGAAGACACUGAGACGCGGCAUUUACUUCUCUUGUAUUAUUCAUUGCGAUGAUAAAGUACUGGUCACCAGCGAAGACUUUCCGCCGGUCAUCGAGGUGGAUGAAUCAUAUCCCAGUGCCCUGCACAUGGAUUACUACUGGCUCAUGAAAGUGGCCUGCACUUGGGAGGAUGUUAAGUCCCUACGUUCGGAUAUGGAGCGCAAUCUUACAUCCGCUGUUCACUUUCGCACUAAGCUUCUAUCGGCCGUAUGUCAGAUGCAAUCGGCCCUGGGCAUAACGGAUUUGGGCCAGCUAUACUAUAAGCCACUGAGGGAUGCUCAGGGCACUGUGGUCCUAACCUGUGUGCAAUCUGUAAAGAGCCAGAAGGCCGUCUCCAUCCUGAACUCGAGAUGGGUGCCAGUCAGCAAGCUGCAAAAGAAGCUAGGUGCUCUACACGAGGACUACACCAUUAACGAGCUGCUCAUCUCCUCGAUUGGAGAUCAAUUGCACUAUCAACAGGCGGCGCUGCAGCGUUUAGAACCCGGUCUCUAUCUAGGAUACCUAAAAAUGCAAUGCUCCAUGGACCAGAUCCAGGUGGUAGUGCCCGUGAAAACGCCGAAUGUCUUGCCGCACUGCAAGGUGCGCGAAAACAGUCACAUAACGGCCGAGGAGUGGCAAGUGCUUCAUCGCUGCAGUAGCGAUCCCCUACGCCUGCCGUUGGACUUUAGCGCUCAAGGAGGUGAUGCAGCUUCCGGAGGGGCAGCAACUACGGAGGUGCAGCGCCUAUUUUUAUACGAUCUCACCAAUGCAAUGCACAAACUUUUUGCCAGUAUGAACAUCAAAAUCGCUGAUGCAACCACCCACCGCCUGUAUGAUGUGGAGGUGAUUGAGCAUAGUCCAGACAUUAGUUUCCUCGUGGUGUGUCCAUCCGCCGAGUCCUCAUGCGCUGUGCCCGGCCAGUCUGAGCUACUGCUACAGAGGGAUGACUUGGCCAGCUUGAGUAUCCAGGCCUUUGAGAUGAUUCACCUGCGCACUUAUCAGCCGGCCAUCAUACAGAAGUACGCCCGCUUAUCUUGCAUCCUAGAAUUGGAUACUGCACUGGCCACACAUUCACUUCGCGAGGCAUUCUCCAGCAGUGAACUGCAGGCGGCCAAGGAACGUUUGGCCACGCUGCAGGAGCUCAGUGCGAGUCUUACAAUUGUGUGGAAAAGUGUACGAUGGCUAAUGGAUGUGGUGGCAUACGCACGGAACAAAAACGCCCAACCCUCUUUGGCAAUGCGAGAAAUACUCGACUUUGCACAGCAAAGACAUGACGAAUCGGUAGCUACAUCCGCAGGAGGUUCCGCGAACAAACAGCUGCUACAGCUGCCCAUCCGUGAGAGCAAGUUCUCCAAGACGGGCCAAGGAAGAGGCAGUUGGCCGGGUCCAGGGACUAGUGAAGAUCAAUCGCAGAACAAGCCCGAGCACUCCAAGUCGGAACAGAACCUGGAACUGAGUGCUAUCACUCCAGUGGAACCUGCAACCAAACAAGUUCCUACACAGCAGCAGCCGCAGCAACAAUCGCAACAGCAACUCCUACAAGUUUCCAACAUCAGCGAAUAUGCGGGGUCGAUAUGCUCUGAAGUAUCACUUAGGAAGAACAGUGGCGACUCCAUGAGCUCCACCUACACGUCCCGCAGCUUCUACUCCGCCGUGGAUUCAGCCUCAGAUGGAAAUAGCACAAACAGUGUGUUUGCCAUUCCGCCCUCUCGUUCCGAUGACACUCUGGCGGAUGCACUGCGCCACUCGCAAGCUGUAGCUGCGCAACGCAAACGAACCAGCUCCAACAUCGCAUCCCAUACCAAUCCCUUGAUUACGGUGCACAGCUCUAGCUCGGCGCCAUACCUGGCUGGAUCCAGUGUUUCCUUGAGAAGCGGCAACGGAGCCUUCGCAACGGAUUUGGAACACAAACCGCUGAAGCCAGCCACUAAAGCCGCAUCGAGUGCAAACCUGCGCGAAGGUGGGCCCUAUUUGAAAAGCACGUUAGCAGAGCUACGAGCAGUGGGAGGCGAGGAGCCGGUAGCCAGCACUUCGAAGGCGUCAUCGAUGAAGAGCUUGUCACGGCAGAGCAGCGAAGAGGAUUCAGCCAGCUGUUCCAGUCUCAACGCAGAACAAACAUCGGGGAUUAUUCAAGUUUAUACCGCCUACAGUACGGGUCUGGCCAGUGGAACUAGCUUAAAGAUUCACGUAACACCGAAGACGACGGCCCGCGAGGUGAUCAACCUGGUGGUAAAGCAACUCAACAUGGCCGUGGUUCUCAAGGGGAACAAUGGCCCCAUCUAUGGACCCGAGAUGCUAGAGAACUUUUGCCUGGUGGCGGUGAUUGGAGCAAGGGAACGCUGCCUGCGAGAUGACUUCAAACCGCUGCAACUACAGAAUCCCUGGAAGAAGGGUCGCCUGUACGUCCGCAAGAAGCAUGAGCUGCUGGCGGCCAUCGAACACUCAAAUCGAAAAUCGCAUUUGAUCUGAGCAAUCGGACUCAAAUCCCACUGGAACUGGAGAAGCAUCGAAGGAAUGAAGUACGCUAUACUGUUGGUGGUGACAAGAAGAUCUGUAGAGAUCUGAAAACUUAAGAUAUAGGUGCCCGAAAGUAGGCAAAUAAUUUGGUUCACACACUUAGAUUUUGUUUUCGAAACUUUUGAGAUUUUUCGGCUACCCGGCAUUAACGAUGAUACGAAUUAGCUGUUCCGAUUCUUGUUAAAUUUAGUUAUGCUUUUGUUUUUGGGUUCAUCCAAUCACCAUUCCCAACUCCUUCCACCCUCUCCAGGGCAAUGAUCGUUGACCAAUUCCAGAAUUAGACUGAAUUACUUAUGCUGCAAUGGCAAACUGAUGAAAUUGUAAUUGAAAUGGUAUUAUAUUUUCAGUAGUUAUACAUUCAACAUUACCCAGGCAAACACACACACGAAUCGGACUAAACAAAAAAAAGAUUGUUGUUACUUGUUCUAGAGUAUUGAAGGUUACGCCCGUACAUAAGUAGUAUGUAUGAAUGUUAUAUAAAUAUUAUGCGUGCAUCAAUGUAUUUUAUUGUAUGUAUUGUAGUUUAGUAACCAAAUGUUUUGAUUGUAUUUUUGUGACAUUUUUAGGGGCACAUUUUUUGAUCUAAAUGUUAAAUCGGUAAAUACGGAACACAAAACCAAAUCAAAUCGAUGGCGAAACUCAAUGAACAGAUGUCAAUACGCAUUUUAAGUGUCACUCUUGAUGUCUUUCAUGUGUGUGUGUUCUUGAAAAUUGCAAUUCCAUUGGAUUAAAUAAAUAAUUUAGCUGUAAUCAAUUGCUUAGUAUGUAAACAAAAUCACCGCAACAAAUAUGAUAACGAAACCGGAAGAUAUUUUUUAAAAAUAUAUUGGCACAACUAAAUGUUGAAAAAAAAAUUAUAGGCAACUGCAAAUUGAAAUUCAAAUGUUUGUAUUUAUUAAUUGUAGAAAUGAUAUUUUCAAGCCCGAACCCAAUCUACUCCUCUCUGCAAUUGGCUCGCCAAGAUUCCCAUACUUGAUCAUCCUAUUCCCCAUACCCACAAUCUACUCUAACUGUUGGCCCCCUUAGAAACCAUACUAUUAACGUGGCUAUCUCAAUGUGCAAAGCCGUAUGUGUCUAUAACUAACUACUCCACUCUGUACUCUCUCGAUAGGAAAUACCAUAAGUAAAUUAGAUGAAAUUCUUCAGAUACACGUAUAUUGUUGUGAAACGGUAGACAAAGAAGCAGUUUCAUUGUCAAGCUCAUAAUGUCCCAAUUAAAAACUUAUUUCUAUUGGACGACAAGUCGAAUUUAUAUCGGAGUCGCAGUCGCAGGUCGUGAAAAGUAUACAUUUUGAAUCUUAUGAGAAACUAGACGAGAACACUUACUUUAAAAGAAUGUGCAACACAGAGUCCAUAACACAGAUAUCGAACUAUUUAAGAUGUCUACGACCAACAAACGAUUUUUGUACGUUAUUUCUUGUUUUUGAGAUGGCGUCAGGGGCGAUUUUGAUACAUUUUUUACUGUAUGGUUUACCAGUCCUAGGGCACGACAAACAGCAACGAACGUAGUUAAGUUCUGACCACAAAAGAUACCCAAGAUAUUGACCUGACCCCCUUGCGUUCACGGCCCGGUUUCAGAUUUGUAUUACCGCCACCCAAUUGCCUCGAUUCAAUUCGAUUCGAUGCGAUUCAAAUCGAAUGGUCCCCAGAAUGGUCGAACGAACAACAACGAAUGUAAUCAAGUUCCAAACUGAGUGAGUGGCCAGUUUCAGUUUGUUAAUUCGGAAUGCCAAUUAAACGAUUUCAAUUGUCAGACACAGCGUCCGUCCCCAGAAAAAAGAGAGUUUGAUUUUCGAAUGGAGCGAAAUUAUACAGAGUAUUAUUUUGAAUUGCGAUUCAGUGAGAUUAGUUUUUACGAUGCAAUCUAAUUGUAGCUGUAGCUAAUUGUUAAUGGCCCACAAAAAUGUGAAAUGUAAAUGUAACCAAAAGCAUUGAACGAGUCUUUCCGCAUAUGAACAUGAAUAAUAAUAAUACAUCAGCGCAGAUAAUUCCUGUAAUUAGAUAUAUCUAUAGAAGAUGAAACUUAUCAAGUGUAACUCAUUAUCGACUACCUGUGUACAUUUUUCGUGUGUUAAUGGCCCUAAAUAUAUACGAUGCAUUCCGAGUAUGGAGCUAAAAGUGCGGGCAACUAGAUAUGGUAAGGAUAAUGUGGGUACGAAGCAUUCAAAGAAUAUUCAAUUAACUUAAUAAAGACUCAACAACUGUUAUGGUGUAAUCCCAAUUGUUUGUUUUUCUA